CCGCCAUUGCUGUUCUCCACUCUGUUUCGCGUCAGAUAUGGAAGAGAAGAAGCUUGCAGACGGUAGAAUUAACGAUGAGCAGGUAGAGAAAAUUGAAUUGGUGGUUUCUGAUGAUGAUCGAAGGGAUGCUGUAGAUGAGGUCUUUGUGGAAACUCCUGAAAAUUUCGUGGAUGAUUUGGAAGAAGUGAGUAGCAGUGAGAACAAGGAUUCCAAGGUUAGUGGAGAGAGUCAUGGUGAGGCUGCUCAAGGUUUUGUGACUUUGAAAUUGAAUGGUGAUGAGGAGGGAGCAGGGGAAGAGAAUGUGAGCGAGAAAGCUACACGUUCUUUUUCUGAAAAUGGAAUUGCCUCUCCUGAGAAGAAACAACUGGUGGCUGAUGUGAUAGGGGAAACAAGGAAUGAUCUGGAAGGAGUGAAUGGUGAUGAGAGUGGAGAAGGUGGAGAGCAUGUGAGCGAGAAAGCUACUUCCAAUUUAGGGGAUGGGGAUGUGAAUAUCGAAAAGAGAAAUACACAUUCUUUUUCGGAAAAUGGAAACGUUUCUCCUGAGAAUAGACAACUGGUGAAUGAAGUGAUCGAGGAAACAAGGAAUGAUGGUAUUGAAGAGGGAUAUGUUGAUGAGACUGGGAAACGUGAAGGAACCGAUAAGGAUGGCUAUGAGAAUGAGUCUGGGGCACAAAGAAAUGGUGAGACUGUUUCCGACGACAACACUGUUAAACGUGCUUCAAGUGAGAGAUCCUUGAAUGAUAGUACUGAAGUAGCUUGUACUGUGACCUCGCCUCCAUUAGAGAAAUCUAGUUCUGAGGAAAAGGGAGAGACUGAAGGUCACAUCAGUAGAGAACAUGAUACAGUUCAAAACAGUAAUGGAGGACAUACUUCUCAACCUAAUAAGGAAUUUGAAAAGCAUCAAGGCAGCAGAGUGAAUACAAGUCCAGAGAUUAAGGAGAGCCCACAUUUGGAAAGAAAAUCUGAGGUAGUAAGCACUGUUUCGCCAGCAGAGUCUACAAGUAAUACUGCAGCGUUACCUCCUGCUCGACCAGCAGGCCUUGGGCGUGAUGCUUCUCUUUUGGAAUCCACACCACGUGUUCCUCAUCAGCCUCGUGUUAAUGGCAAUGCGUCUCACAAUCAGUCUCAGCAAGCAGAGGACCCUACCACUGCAGAGACCGAUGAGCAUGAUGAGACCCGUGAGAUGCUCCAGUUGAUCAGGGUCAAGUUUUUGAGGCUUUCUCAUAGAUUAGGGCAAACUCCACAUAAUGUUGUUGUUGCUCAGGUUUUGUAUAGGCUUGGAUUGGCUGAGCAGUUGAGGGGUAGAAACGGAAGCCGUGUUGGUGCCUUUAGUUUUGAUCGUGCCAGUUCCAUGGCGGAACAGCUUGAGGCAGCUGGACAGGAUCCACUUGAUUUUUCUUGUACGAUUAUGGUGCUCGGUAAAAGUGGAGUUGGUAAGAGUGCGACGAUCAAUUCUAUUUUUGAUGAAGCGAAAAUUUGUACUGAUGCAUUCCAGAUGGGGACUAAAAGGGUUCAGGAAGUUGAGGGUUUUGUUCAGGGAAUUAAGGUUCGAGUGAUUGACACUCCAGGUCUCUUACCAUCAUGGUCUGACCAACACAAGAAUGAGAAAAUACUGAAGUCUGUUAAGGCUUUCAUAAAGAAAAAUCCGCCGGAUAUUGUAUUGUAUCUUGAUAGGCUGGAUAUGCAAAGCAGAGAUUCUGGUGACAUGCUUCUUUUGCGCACCAUCACCGAUGUUUUUGGACCAUCGAUCUGGUUUAAUGCCAUUGUGGGUUUGACUCAUGCCGCUUCUGCUCCACCAGAUGGCCCAAAUGGCACUGCAUCUAGCUAUGAGAUGUUUGUAACACAACGUUCUCAUGUCAUUCAGCAAGCCAUUCGCCAAGCAGCUGGAGAUUUGAGGCUCAUGAAUCCUGUUUCUUUAGUUGAGAACCACUCUGCUUGCAGGACAAAUCGGGCAGGUCAGAGAGUAUUGCCGAAUGGCCAAGUGUGGAAGCCUCAUUUGCUAUUACUCUCAUUUGCGUCCAAGAUUCUAGCAGAAGCAAAUGCUCUUCUGAAAUUACAAGAUAAUAACAAUCCAGGCAAACCAUUUGUAGCUCGAUCCAAGGCUCCAUCACUGCCGCUUCUUCUCUCAUCGUUUCUGCAAUCGAGACCGCAAGCUAAACUUCCUGAAGAGCAGUACGGUGAUGAAGAAGAUGAAGAAGAUUUGGACGAAUCAUCAGGUUCUGACGAAGAAUCAGAGUACGAUCAGCUUCCUCCUUUUAAGCGAUUGACUAAAGCUGAGAUGGCUAAGCUUAGCAAAUCUCAGAAGAAGGAAUAUCUUGAUGAGAUGGAGUACCGAGAGAAACUAUUUAUGAAAAGGCAGAUGAAAGAGGAAAAAAAGAGGCGUAAGAUGAUGAAGAAAUUUGCUGCCGAGAUUAAAGAUAUGGCUAACGAGCCUAGUGAAAAUGUGGAAGAGGAGAGAAGUGAACCAGCUUCCGUUCCAGUUCCCAUGCCAGAUUUAUCUCUGCCUGCAUCGUUCGACUCUGACAAUCCUACUCACAGAUACCGGUCCAUUGAUUCCUCCAAUCAGUGGCUUGUUUGGCCAGUCCUGGAAACUCAGGGGUGGGAUCAUGAUGUUGGGUAUGAAGGUGUAAAUGCAGAGCGACUUUUUGUUGUUAAAGAAAAGAUACCGAUAUCUUUCUCGGGCCAAGUGACAAAGGACAAGAAGGAUGCAAAUGUGCAGGUGGAAAUGGCCAGCUCGGUUAAACAUGGAGAGGGUAGAUCAACCUCCCUAGGUUUUGAGAUGCAAAAUGCUGGGAAGGAAUUGGCUUACACUGUUCGAAGUGACAUGAGAUUUAACAAUUUUAGGAGACACAAAGCUGCAGCUGGUCUCUCUGUAACGCUCUUGGGUGAUUCGGUGUCUGCGGGGCUAAAAGUAGAAGAUAAGUUGAUUGCUAAUAAAAGGUUCAGAAUGGUUAUGUGUGGUGGGGCAAUGACUAGUCGAGGAGAUGUUGCUUAUGGGGGUAGUUUAGAAGCUCAGUUGAGAGAUAAAGAUUAUCCGCUUGGUAGAUUCUUAUCUACUCUUGGACUUUCUGUGAUGGAUUGGCACGGCGAUCUUGCUAUUGGAGGGAAUAUACAGUCCCAAGUGCCCAUAGGUCGUUCAUCUAAUCUGAUAGCUCGUGCUAAUCUGAACAACAAAGGGGGGCAAGUAAGCAUCCGCAUAAACAGCUCCGAGCAGCUACAACUUGCUGUGGUGGCACUUGUUCCUCUGUUCAAGAAGAUUCUUAGUUAUUAUUCCCCUCAGCAAAUGGAAUAUUGAGAAGAAUGAAUAACACUUAGGUUUGAAUUUACUUCCCAAAAGAACAUCUUAGAGUUUUGAGUUGAAAAGAAACUUAGUUUGCCCUUUGGUUGAAAAGUUCAAGAACUUAGCUGUGGUUUCAUUGUCUUUCCAAAACCUUCGUGUGGUGGUGUAUGGUAGAAAAAAGCACACCUAGUUUUUUUGUUCAUGUGUAUCUCUGGAUUUUGCAUAAAGCUUUUCUUAAAGAUUAUGUUACAGUUUACUUAUUGACGUUAAAGACUACCCAUCACCCCUCUGGGUUAGUCAUAGUUAAAACUUAAAAGCUUGUUAAAUGGAUCUUGCUUCUGUUCAUUACUUAUAAUGUUUACCAACCAUAUAUAUACCGUUUAACAUUUCGC